CGCGGCCCGCGCGCGUCUAACUCGCUCGUAGCGCCUCGUAGCCCGUAGAACGGGAAACUUUAUAAAGUUUACGUUGUCGUAGCCGACGGGACGGUCUAUGCGAACUGUUUUUCUUGAAUUACAAAUAUUUGAAUAUUGGUUGUGUGUUAUAAUUGUGGGAUAUACGAAAUGAGAUACUAAACGUUAACAAUGAAAGUGUCGGAACAUUUGAUACAGCGUGUAGCUGAGAACAGAGCCGGGUAAGAGAAUGUCAGUGGAGGUACAGAGCUGAUGUGACCAUGAGCUUUCGACGGGGCUCAUUCAAGAGCUUUGCUAUAAGCAUAAUACAGAUCAUCACAAUCAUUUGUCAAGUGCUGACGGAGGAGCCGCGCUUCGCAGAGCCCAUCCCCAACGUGACGGUGGCUCUGGGCCGCGACGCCAGCCUGCCCUGCGUCGUCGAACAUCUCGGCACGUACAAGGUGGCGUGGAUCCAUAUCGACCGUCAGAUGAUCCUGACGAUCCACCGGCACGUGAUAACGCGACUGGCGAGGUUCAGCGUGUCCCACGACAACGCGAUGACGUGGUUACUGCACGUCAGUCAAGUGCAGCAGGAGGACCGCGGUUAUUACAUGUGUCAGGUCAACACCAACCCCAUGAUUAGUCAAGUCGGAUAUCUACAAGUUGUUGUGCCACCGAACAUUCUGGACGAGGAGAGCACGCAGUCUGCGGUAGCGGUGCGCGAGAACCAGAACAUCAGCCUGGUGUGCAAGGCGGACGGCUUCCCCACGCCCAAGAUCAUGUGGCGUCGAGAGGACGGACAGCCCAUCUCUGUCGACAGGAGAAAGAAAGUGACGGUGUACGAGGGCGCCAGCCUGAGCCUGCAGCGCAUCAGCCGCACGGAGAUGGGCGCGUACCUGUGCAUCGCCACCAAUGCGGUGCCGCCUUCCGUCUCCAAGAGGAUCAUCGUAGACGUUGAAUGUGUUGUAGUUUCUCCAAUGAUCUGGGUGCCGAACCAGCUGGUGGGCGCGCCGGCCGGCACCGACGUCACCGUGGACUGCCACACGGAGGCGCACCCGCGCGCCAUCUCCUACUGGGUCUACGACAACGUCAUGGUGCUGCCCACCAAGAAGUACGCCGUCACCACCGACGAGAACUCCUACAGGGCUCACAUGAAGCUGACUGUACGGAAUCUUCAGACCGGAGACUUCGGGAACUAUCGCUGCAUUUCGAAAAACUCUCUCGGAGAAACUGAAGGAUCUAUUAGAUUGUAUGAAAUCCCGAUGCCGUCGACGUCUCCAAAAGCGACAGAAAUGAAGAGCACCGCUAACAAAGAGAGCGCGCGCCGGGCGAACGUUAGCCGCGAGCGCGAGCGCGAGCACGUGCGCGAGCAUGUGCGCGAGCACGAGCGCGAUGCCACGGAGCGGCCGAGCGUGGUGCGCGCGCAGCUCGACCGCGCGCCCGAGCGGGACGCGCACAACGUCUACCGCGCGCCGCACCCGCACCUCGCCUCAGGAACUGGCGACCGCCGCUGCUGGCGACAAACAUAUUUCUUUGUAAUACUGUUGGUACAAAUCGAUUUUCUAGUCUGAUUUCUGUAAGGUAAAUGACGUUUAGUUAGAUGAACUAAUUUGUAAUAAAGAAAUAUU